GGAGUCGCCAUCCCUGGAUGUGGCAAGGCGAGAAUCGGAGGCUUUCUCUCUCUCUCCCCGCGUCCGAGGUCUAAUUCAGGCUCUAAUCAGCCAAUUAAUUAAUUAAACGAGUUUAUUGUGCAGCUCAGCUGUAUUUACACCAAGGAAAAAAAUAAAUAAAAAACGAUUCCUAAAUUUCCAAACCCUAAAAACCCCACAGAAUUCCCACCUGCCUGCCCAAUCCCAAAUCCAUCCUCAUUCCUACCCCAAAAUCCUCCUCAUUCCCACCCCAGAAUCCUCCUCGUUCCCACCCCAGAAUCCUCCUAAUUCCAACCCCAAAGUCCUCCUCAUUCUGACCCCAAAAUCCUCCUCGUUCCAGCCCCCAAAUCCCCUUUCUGUCCCCAAAAUGUUGUCCUCAAGGUCCCGUGCACCCCACACCAGUCGGGGCCGGCAGCUCCCAGUCCCUCACCGGGGCAGAGGAACCAGGGUUUGUUUUUUUAGGAUUUUUAAUCCAUGCUUUUAGGAUAUUUUUAGAAUAUUUUAGCAUCAUUUCUUUAGUCUGCUCCAGCUCACUUCCCCCUCGCCCCAAAAUUGCACCACGACCGUCGGCGUGUGACCUUUCCCGAAUCGUCCCGGCUGGGGAAGCGCCGCCCGCCCAAAACUGUCACUGUCCCAUGUCUGGGGGUGGCUUCUGGGGGGGGACAGAGGGGGCAAAGCUGAGGGCCAAAGCUGGGGGAACCGGGGCUGGUCCCACGCCACACCUGAGCCACUUGUCCCACACGGCGACGCUCUUGCGCAGGCGACGCUCUCGGCUCGCCAUCUUUCCAUGGAACACGGAGCAGGUUUUUAUUACACAUCUUAAAUUUCCUUUUGGGUGUGAAUUGCUCCUCCUUGGUGCGUCAUCUUUGUCACAAACCACAUCUGAAGCCGCCCCGCCUCGACCCAGGCACUGAAAAGCCACGCCGCUGCUCUUCCUCUUCCUCCUUGUGGAGCUCGUUUCUGCGUGCCGAUGCCCCAAACCCUCUCCGUUUCCAGGCAGCCAUGGACGUGCUUUGGAUCCCUCUUCUCGCCACCCUCGCGCUCCUCCACCAAACCACGAGCGCCAGCGACACCACGGAGAUGAUCGGGGUCCUGGGCGGGUCCGUGACCUUCCGCACGCAGAACACAGAUGGAAAUGCAGCACACUGGAGUUUUGGGAAUGAACCCAUAGUGACUGUGAAAUUUGAGGAUUCUCCUACAAUAAUAUUUUUAAAAGACGAAUUCAAAACCCGUUUUGCCAUCUCCGAGAGAGGCCACGUGCUCAGCAUCUCCCAGCUGAGGAUGGAGGAUGCCGGGACCUACUCUGUAACAAUCAACGGAAAAACAUCCACCUUCCGCCUCCAGGUGUUCCGGGAGCUGCCAGAGCCCACGGUGACCUGCGAGGCCCAGAACUGCUCGCACGGGAGCUGCAGCUCCUCCCUGCGCUGCUCCGCGCCCGGCGCCGACCUCGGGAACGUCUCCUACACCUGGAGCAGACAGGAUCGGACGUGGGACGGGAGCUCCGUGGUGCUGCUGGUGAACGAAUCGGCCGGGGACGAGCCGGAGCCGCUGACGUGCACGGCACGGAACCCCGUCAGCAGCAGGAGCGUCACCGUCCCCAGCCCCGGGGUGCUCUGCGCGGGCGCCCUCUCCAGCAGCCAGCUCGGGGUCACGGGCGGGAUCUUUCUCACAGCCGCGAUUCUAGUCGCGCUGCUUUCAUUGCUUUUCCUCGGGAUCUUAUGGAAAUCCAAAGGCUGGAGGAAAUUCCACCUCUCCCAGUCCAAGCCUGCGGACACAGCUGCAGAGGCCACAAGCGACUACGCCACCGUGUACGCCGAGGUGGGCCCUUCCCAGCAGCGCGUCCCCGACGGAGCUAAAGCCAAACCAGCGGACGGGGCACCCGCCACAACCAUUUAUUCCCUGGUCAAACACCCGGACCAGGCGGGUGACGGGAAGGUGGAAGAUGCCGCCGCAACUGGCCUGGAGCUGGUCUAGAAGGACCCAGAACCGGUUUAAAGGAGCUGGAACUGGUUUAAGAACGUGAAACUGGUUUAAAGGACCGGGAAGUUAUUUAAGGACAUGAAACUGGUUUAAAGGACCUGGAACUGGUUUAAAGAACAUGGUUUAAAGGACCGGGAAGUGAUUUAAAGAUCUCGAGCUGUUUUAAUGAGUCUGGACCUGGUUUACGAGAAACCAGAACUGGUUUAGAAGAAGCUUGAACCGGUUUGAAAGACUUGGAACUGGUUUAAGGACAUGAAACUGGUUUAAAAAUCCCUAAAGUGUUUUAAAGGUCUGGAGCUGUUUGAAUGAGUCUGGACCUGAUUUACGAGAAACCAGAGCUGGUUUAGAAGAAGCUCGAACCGGUUUAAAAGACCUGGAACUGGUUUAGAAGGACCUGGAACCGGUUUCAAGGGUCUCCACUGGCCGGUGAGAUGGAUGGAUCCCACAAGGUGACUCUGGGACAGCUCCAACAUCCCCGAUCCCGCUCCGGACCCGGAUCUCACGGAUCUCCCCCUCCCGGAAUCUCCGCUCCUGGUUUUUUUUCCCUCUCGCUGGGAUUUCAGGGAGGAUUUUUGGGAACUUUCUCCUCUUUUUUGGCCGCUCCGUGGGAUUCAGGCUCCUCUUCCCACCCUCUCCCACCGGGAUCCUGCACCAAAACUCUGCCGAAGCUGCUGGGACUCCCAGACGGGCUGGAGGAGACUCUAAAAGGGUUUUUCCGUGGAAUCCCGGAAUUCCAACCCCAGCCUGGGACCAAUCCUGGUCACCCAGAGCCGCAUGCAGUGGGUUCUUUGGACGCUUCUGGGGAUGGCUCCAAACCAGCCCCUUUUUGGGUGAAAAACCCGUUUUUUCCAGAAGGAAUUGUCUCAGGGAACAUUUGGAAACAAUUUUUCACAAACUAUCAUUUCAUUUUUCUUUGCACGUGAAUUUUUUUGUAAAGGAUCUUUUACGUGAACGAUAUUUUUAUAAGGUUUUUUUUUUUUUUUCUCUUUUCUCUCUCUCUUCUGCUGCAUUUUGAGCCUUGCAAGAACCUCAGCUUCUCGCGGGGCUGAAAAACACCAAAAAUACAAACACAGGAAGCCAAAAUGAGAACAAGAAGCGGCGGCCCCCCCCAUCGGCGCUCGCGUGGUUUCAGCACCUGCUCCCCUUCCCUGGCUCCGGAACAUUCUAAAUUUUACAGCACCCCAAAAAACACCUGAGCCCCACCAACCCCUGCAGGGCCAGGGCUCGGAGCUCGGGAUCUGGGAUUCGGGCUCAGGGCUCGGGCUCGGGGUUUGGGCUCGGGAUUCGGGGUCUGGGAUUCGGGGUCUGGGGUUCGGGGUCUGGGAUUCGGGGUGGAUCUGAGGGAAAAACGGGACACGGAGAGCGACGUCGGUGUGUUUGCAUGUCGGGGUCUUGAUUUUGGGUGAGGGAUUUGGGAUUUUGGGAUUUUGGGUGAGGGAUUUGGGAUUUUGGGAUUUUGGGUGGGGGAUUUGGGCAGCGCUGCUGGAGCUGGGUGGAUUCCCAGCAGGAAUCUGGGGAUUCCAGCAGAAAUUUGAGGACCCCAGCAGGAAUCUCCAGGAGCAGAAUUCCUCUGGGACGUGUGUCCUGCC